AUGACAAUCAACUCGGUCGCCGGCCCUUCCAACGCCCAUACAAUUUCCAACACAAAUGCGAAUGCGCGUGCCAAUGGCGGUGCUCCGCUGAGCAAGAAUGCCAAACGUCGACUCAAGAAGAAGCAGCAACACCAACAGCCGGAAUCAUCUGGCUCGUCAUACUCGAUACCUCGAUCGUCCACUUCGACGUCUACUCUCAAGCAAACAGUACAAGUGUCAUACGACGAUGACGAUGCACCGACCGAGACCACAUCCAUCAUCGACCAGGCUGCGCACUUGCACAUUGAUCCGGACUCGGAAACGUACAAGGCCUUUUCCAGCGUCCUCUCACGCUAUCAACCGCACGCAGUGACUCUGCAGCAGCAAACAGCGUCCAAAGGCGAGAUCAUCUAUUCGGACGACGACAUCGAGUCUGACGAGCACGACUCGACUCGCGACGAUAGCCAUGCCGACAGUGCAGCAGCGGCGCACUCUUCGCUCCACCUAUCCAAACGCAAGCAAAAGAAGCUACAACGUCUCACAGUCGCCGAGUUGAAACAGCUCGUAUCCAAACCCGAGGUGGUCGAAUGGACCGACGUCACCUCGGACGAUCCGCGUCUGCUGGUCCACCUCAAAUGCGUUCGCAACUCGGUGCCCAUCCCGCCUCACUGGGCCAACAAGCGCGACUACCUCCAAAACAAACGAGGCAUCGAAAAGCCUGCUUACCAACUACCCUCGUACAUCGCCGAAACCGGCAUAGCCACCAUCAAGGACGCGCUCAACGAAAAGGAAGCCGACUACACACUCAAACAAAAAACGCGCGAUCGCGUGCAGCCCAAGAUGGGCAAGAUCGAAAUCGACUACCAGAAGCUCUACGAUGCGUUUUUCAAGUUUCAGAGCAAACCAUCGCUCAGCAUGUACGGCGACGUUUACUACGAAGGCAAGGAUUUCGAGACAAAGUACAAGGAUAAGCGACCGGGCCAGUUGAGCUCCGAGCUGAUCGAGGCGCUCUCCAUCCCACCACUCGCACCUCCGCCUUGGUUGAUCGCCAUGCAGCGAUACGGACCCCCGCCCAGUUAUCCGCAUCUCCAAAUUCCCGGUCUCAACGCGCCCAUCCCGCAGGGUGCCACUUGGGGAUUUCAUCCCGGAGGCUGGGGACGUCCGCCUGUCGACGAAUACGGCCAACCACUGUACGCCAACGUGCUCGCCAACCCCUCGGACACCAUCGACGACGAUCUAAUCGAUCGAGUCGACAAGCAGCCAUGGGGAGCGCUCCAGCCCGAACAAUCCGAUCACGAAGACGACGACGACGACGACGACGAUCAGGUCCAUGACGACGUGCAACAAGCGCAAGGCGCCGCGUCGCCAUCCGCACAGCUGGACGUAUCCGGUCUGCAGUCGGUUUCGUCGGCAGCGGGGAUCGAGACGCCCAUGUUCACUGAGCUGCGCAAGCAUACGCGCGACGAUAAGGACAGCAACGGUCAGAGUGUGGCGCCACCAACACUGUACCAAGUUGUACCGGAGCGAAGCGCAGUAGCUGGAGCGGGCGCGGGGCAACUGAUGGCUUCCGAGCGCGUCUAUGAUCUGUCUUCGGCACAGCAGCCGACGACCAGAGUUGGCGUGCUGGGCGCUGAGCAUCGUAGAGGCACCAAACGUGAUUCUGACGCAGUGCACGUCUCAAUCGACCCGGAAGAGCUGCAUGCCGAAUCAGAUCUCGCCGCCAGAUACGACGCAGAACGUCGCAACCACUCUGCAUCGCGCUUUGCAGCCUAUACCGAUGACCAACAUGCCAUCACCCACCUCCGCCAUCAACUCCAGAAACAAAGAUCUACAGACCAUCACUCUCGUCCAAAUCCCCACAAUCCUGCUUCCUGA